GCCUCACCCGCACCGCACACGCUGCUGCUUUGCCCGCUGCAGUCGGGAGCAGUGCAGCUCGAGGAAUAUGCAGCUCAGCUGAGACAUACUGAAGCUCAGCAGCUGAUUGGAACCUUUGUUUUGCUUUCUUCCUUUCUCCUUCGCAUAGUCACUAGCAUUCGGGCCUAGGACAGAGUUUCCGCAAGCACGCAUCAUCCGAUUUUCCCUAAAGAGACUGUGGUGUCAUCAUUCUCCUGCACGUGAAGUUACAAGUCUGUAUGAGCGGUGAAAGAUGAACAACGAAAGCGAAGAGACAGAAGGGCAUGGGAUGAGCGAUGUAGAAUUGUCACUGAGCAUCCCCAUAAUGCAGAGCAAUGCAAGCCAAUCAUGCGUGGCCAGUUGGAUGGACAAGAUGAGCAAGGGAGUACUGUCCAAUGCGCACUUCAAGGAGUACUGGCGAGAGUGGGUGCCCAAGAUAUACAAGCUGGAGCCAACGGACAACUGUCUAGAAUGGCUGUUCGAUGAGAAGGAAGCCCAGAUGCUGCUAUAUGAUCCACUGGAGGAAUUCAUUUGCAAGGGUAACCCACAGGAGGUACUGAAGCAGCUGAACCAGAUGGACAGGCCACCAUCGAUCUGCGGGCGCGUGUUCAAGUCGGGCGAGCCGACCUACAGCUGCCGCGAGUGCGGCAUGGACUCGACCUGCGUGCUGUGUGUAGACUGCUUCAAGCAAUCGGCGCACAAGGGCCACAAGUACAAGAUGGGCAUCUCGAUCGGCGGCGGUUGUUGCGACUGUGGCGACCCAGAGGCCUGGAAGAAGGAGCCGUUCUGUGCGGUACACCUGGCAGGCACUAAGCACCGCGACGCGCCCACGAGCGCGCUGCCCGAGGACAUGGCGGAGCGCGCGGCCGUGGCCUUCCGCGCGGUGCUCAAGUACUGCUACGAUCUGCUGUCGAUCGAGCACAGCCCUGGGCUGCCAGCUGACCUCUGCGCAAAGAGUCGCUCGGACGAAGCGGAGCUGGGUGAGCUGGGCGGCGCCGCGGGCAACGACACCUAUUGUACGGUACUUUUUAACGACGAGACCCACACUUUCGAACUGGUGAUCAUCACGCUGACGCGCGUGAUCAAGUGCAGUCAGCGCGACGCCACCGAGUACGUGACCAACAUCGACCGCGAGGGUCGCGCUGUGGUUAAGUGCAGCGGCUUUCAGCAUUGCAACGAGCUAAAGGAAGAGAUCGAGCGCUUCACUCAGCGCCACAGCUCCCGGCCACUCAAGGUCAUGGUGGAGCACGCGCAUGUGAUCGCCCACCAGAUAUUCGCCAUGCGACUGCUCGGCUGGUUGCAGCAGUUCAUCAGCCACUGCGAGGGCUUCCGGCUGGUGUUCAGCGAGGUGGCACUCGCCUCGGCCAAGUCGCCCGAUGUCUCCGUGGUGAAAGGCAUCAUGCUGCGCGACUGCCAGCUGUGGAAGGCCGCGCGUACCUGCUGGCACCGGCUCUUCAUCUCGGGCAUGCUCACCGAGUACGAGAGCAAGCGUCGCCUGGCCGUGGCCUUCUGCCAGAGCUACGGUUCAAUACUCAAGGACUUCACUCGUGACGACCACGACCACUCGUACUCCAUUGCCUCGCUGUCGGUACAGCUAUUCACCGUGCCCACGCUAGCCCAUUUGCUGAUCGCCAAGCACGAUGCGCUACUGGUCCUCUUCAACACCUUCCUCUCGGAAAGUACGCGCCGCUGCAACACCGCCGGCAAGCUCGAGUUCGAGCGCAACAGCCCCAACAAUUCUUUCAAGCGCGCGCAGUACGUGCUCUACGAUCUGCGCUACCUCCUGAGUGCCGUGCCGUCGCCGGACUGCUGGCAGGCUGAUUUGCGCGCUGGCUUUCUGCAGGGCGUCUCGCUGCUGCUCAACCUCAUGGCGAGCAUGCAGUCGAUGGAUGCCGUUGUGCGCCAAGUCGGCCAGCACAUGGAGUACGAACAGGAAUGGGAGUCGGCCUUCAACCUAUACAUCAAACUAUCGCCAGUGAUUAGCCUGGCACUCGAGUGGUGCGGCGCUGACCGUGCGGUCCUCGUCAAGGCCUUCCGCCUGGUGCUCAAGAAGCUCGAGGAGCAGCCCGUCAAGGCAGCUACCACCUUCCGUGAGGUAGCCGAUCACAGCGCCUCAUGCGUGCAGUACGACGUUGCAGUCGAACCUGUGUCCAUCCACUUGCCGCUGUCGCGUUUCCUUGCUGGCCUCUUCCUGCAUCUGGAGCGCCAUGAGCUGUCAUUCAAUAGCACCGAGUUCGCCAAAGUGGCCAGACCUAGCGUUGAGGAGAUGAUCGAGCCGGUGCUGCGUGCUCAAGCCAUGAUAUCACAAGUGCACGCAGGCAUGUGGCGCCGUAAUGGCUACUCACUCGUGCACCAGCUUUACUUCUACCACAACGUCAAGUGCCGCAGCGAAAUGCUCGACAAGGACAUCGUACUACUACAGGCUGGCGCUGCUCUUCUCGAGAGCAACGAAUUCCUCAUCCACAUCCUCAACAAGUUCAACCUGGUUAACUGGGCGCAGCCCGACUUUGAAGCCGAGGUUCUUAAGACUAGUGAGGAAGACAGCAUCCGACAGACAAUCAGUCUAGCCGAGGAGUUCUUAGGUCUGCUCAUUACUAUCAUCGGCGAGCGCUACGUGCCGGGCAUCGGUCGUGUCACGCCAGACGACUGCCUCAAGCGUGAGAUCAUUCAACAACUGUGCAUUAAACCGCUGUCACACUCGGAGCUGAAUAAAACCCUGCCCGACGAUGUGCACCACGAAACCGGCAUGGAGCGCGUCAUCAAUGAGGUGGCCGACUUCAAGAAGCCUCGAGUGGUUUCCGCCGGCAAGGGUGUCUAUGAGCUUAAGCCCCAGUUCUAUUCUCAGUACAACGUCUUCUUCUACCACUAUACUAAGGAGGAGCUAAGUAAGUCCGAGGAAGCACAGCGCAAGCGCCGCAAGGCUGCCGGCGAGCUUGAGUGCUGCCCACCGCCUAAGCUUCCGCAACUCACCGAAAAGCUCAGUCUUGUCACCAAUCUAUUGCAAUGCGACGUCAUGAUGUCCAUCAUGCAAACCGUCCUUCAGCGUACUCUAGAUUUACGUGCCAGGAGCUUCUCCGAGCCGCAGGUCCACAAGAUUCUUCACCUCAUCGGUUACGCGCUUCAGGAGCAGGAGUCCGGUUACUAUCCUUUCCUCGCCUUUACUGACAGGGCCACCAAGUUAGACAUUUAUAAGCUGCUCGAGCAGAUGCAGAGCAGCCCGAGGAUCGAGUCGCACAAGGAUCUACUCAUUUGGGUCCUCGACAAGUUCCGGCAGGUCGCUGGCUCAUCCAUAAUUGAUGUCGAGCAGUCACCAGCUGACUCGACUGCGGCGUCUGGAGCCAUGCCGUCCGCUGGCGCUAACGAUGCCACCGAAGACCCCGACAAAGCUGAGAAAGGCAGCCAAGAAUGGCGCAUGAAAAUGGCAGCUAAGAAGCGCGCACAAGUGAUGGCACAUAUGCAGGCGAUGCAGAAUCAUUUCAUACAAAAGAACCCGAAGCUUUUCGAGGAGACAGUCUUUGACCCCAGCACCAAAGAUUCGGUGGAGCGAGGUUCGGCAAUGGACUUAAGUGAGAGCUUGGACGAUGCGACAAUUGCUCUGGGCCGUCGGCAGACCAGUCGCUCGUGCUUCCAGAAGUCUUACACGUGCAUCCUCUGCCAAGAGGAUCAUCCGGUCAAGGCUGACAAAAACGCGAUGGUGUUCGCAGCCUUCGUGCAACAGUCUACAGUGCUGUGUCAACAACAGCAGCCGCAAUAUCGUAGCUUACCAGAAAAAACCCCACUGUUCCUGUCAUCCUACUUAGGGGCGUCACCGCACGCGAGUACCUGUGGUCACGUAAUGCACGCCGCCUGCUGGCAAAAGUACUUUGACAACGUGCUUGCCAAAGAGAAUCGCAGACCCUACAGACUUCGACAGCCGGCCAGUUUUGACGUGGAGAAGCAGGAAUACCUCUGUCCGUUGUGCGAGUGCCUCAGCAACACCGUCCUCCCGGUUUUACCGGCGCUAGGGCUUCUGCAAUCCACUCCUGCCGAACAACCGGAUUUGAGCUUUGACAAGUGGCUAGAUAUCAUGAGUUCCGUAGCCGAAUGCCGGGGAUUGGGACCAAUCAACCGAGAGAUGAUAGUUCACGGUCAAAACUGCCGUUACUGCAAGUACCUCUCUGAGCAGGCACUAGACGAUGCGAACUUAGAGGACGCCAAUGCAGUCGCAGCGAAAUUGACGAUAGUCGGCUGCCCGAUCGCAGCCAUUAAAUCGCAUGGUGCCAAAGGCGAAGCCCUGCUUGAUCUAUAUGCUAGCCCCGGACCAAAUCUGUCGGAGAGCCUCGUGCAGAUGAUCCAGUUGUUCACACAGACGACGUACACCAAAGGCUUAGGCUGUGAGCCGCACGAGAGCGACUCGCAGGUGCCACUGCUGGCCUGGAAGUCGACCGCCUAUACCAUCCACGCAAUAGAAUUUUUACUAAGAGAUACGGAGAAGGCGCUGCUGUGCUCUCUAUCAUCGAGGCAGAGGGAUAGCCUGGAAGGCCUGGCCCGAGUGUCAGCGGUAAUCAAUGCCACGUGGCCAAGAAACGUGGCCGGCGCCAACUCGCAGACCGGCGCCGAGAGCAUCGCCGAAUAUGCCCUCGAUUGCCUCUGCUGCCUGCUGCGCAAUACCGAGAGCGAGUACAGCAUCUUCAGCUGGGAUCCGUUCGGCAUGCUUGUCACUUUACUCGUCUCUAUGACCAAUCUACUGAGCAGUCACAUGGACAAUCCGUAUUCGGUGCUUACCGGCAACGUCGUUGAGUUGCACACCACCAGGCUGGUGUUCACGGCUUUGGUGGUCAAGAUCCUGCUGACACUCAAACUCGCCGAGCAGGAUGAUGUGAUGGAGAUGGACUCGGAAGCAGCAGAGGACAUAAGUGACGAGGGCGCUCGAGAGUCCAGUACGAUCCUGAAGGUGCUGGAAGUUCUGGGCGUGUCACCAGGGAAGAGACAUCCCAGCGAGAUUUGGCGCCGGGUGAGACAGUGCUGCAGCACAUUUCUGAGAUGCUGCGUGCUUUACUUCCACUUCGUAACCGACGUGCCAGCGCCGAUGGACCUGACCGAAUUCGACGGCGAUAGCUAUGAAAAUAUGUGUCGCUACCUUGGUCUGCCCGAGAGCUUCGACGAACUGUUCGACUCGGACAGGGUGCUGCGGCUGUUGAUCGAUUGGUCGAAGCACCCACAGUGCCUGCAUGAGCUCGACAAGCAAAUACGCGAGCCGCUGAAGAUCAACCGAUUGGUCGAGCUGCCCGACGAUUACAGCGAGCUCAUGAACACUGUGUCGAUGUUCACCUGCCCGAAUAGUGAUAAGGAGGACUCGCGCAACCCGACCAUGUGCCUCGUCUGCGGUGAAAUGCUCUGCUCGCAGAGCUACUGCUGCCAGACAGAGCUGAACAAGGCCAUGGUCGGCGCCUGCACUAGCCAUGCCAACAAGUGCGGCGCCGGCGUAGGCUUGUUCCUAAGGGUACGCGACUGUGAGAUCGUCUUUCUGCGCAGUCCGAACCGUGGCUGCUAUGGAUGCCCACCCUAUUUCGACGAGUAUGGCGAGACCGAUCAGGGAUUGCACAGGGGCAAUCCGCUCAAGCUCUGCAAAGACAAGUACAAACGGCUCAACCAACUCUGGCUCAGCCAUGGCUUUUACGAGGCCAUCGCUAGGGCUAUCGAAUCCUCGGCUACGGUAGCCGGACAGUGGCAGCACCUGUAAUUACGAUUUGGCCGAUUUCUUAGCUGCGUGUUUGUGGCUGUGCGUGCGAGUGCGUGCGUGUGAGCGUGCUCCGACAGGGCCGACGGUCUUAAUGGCCAUCAUGCCAACCGUACUGCUUUGUUGAUCUUCUUUAUUGUUAAUUUUUCUUUUAGAGGGAAGUAGACUCUUAUUUUCAACUUGCCUCAGAUCGAUUUUUUCGUUGCAACAAAUUGUCGAACUUUUACAAAUGAACCUUGGAGACUUGUGAGUGAUCUGUUCAACGUGAUAAAUCUCAGAAUUUCGUUUGUUUUAGUUUCUUUUUUUUUUCAAGUGUUGGAAAUGCUUUCAGAUAGAAAAUUAACAAUCAAAAGGUCAAUGAAACGAACCGCUCGAGUUUUCGCAAAGACGUCAAAAAAUUUACCAUUUUUCAGCGUAGGAUUUAGUAUUACAAUUGUUUAUUGAAAUUCUUUUUAUUUUACGAAGGUGUCGCUCGUUUUCUCGUCUGAAAAAAUGCUUGUACAGUAGAAGAUACGAAGCGACUUGUAUAUUUAAAUAAUUGGAUAUUAUAUAAUGUUAUGACCGUUUUCACAUUGUUUCAGAGUUUACCGGUCAUUAUUGCUAUUAUUAUCAUUAUUAUUUUUAUCAAUUUUUUCGUCACUAUUAUUGUAAUUGCAAUCUAUAUAUAAUUACAUGAUUAUUUACAUCACCAUUGCCAUUUUGUAAAUUUUCAAGAGAAAACUGCAUGAUAAUUACUUGACUGGCUUGUAAUAUUGUGAUUCGUACUUGUCAACUUUAAAAUAUCACGUGUAAGGAGCUUUGCAAAACAUUUGGUAUGUUCUGUGAAUCUGAGCAUAAUUAAAAAUAUAAUAUUUGUAUCAGGAUAAUAAUUGAUAAAGGCGAAACAGGGGCUAUUCUAAAUGAUAAUAAAUAUUUUGUAAAGUUAACUUCGUAUUGAUGAACAUCAAAGUGUUAUUACAUGCGCUAAACGACUUUCAAAAUCAAAUAACUGCAUCAUUUUUACUUACAAUUUGUACAUCAUUAUUCUGUUGAAUAAAAUGCAACGGCAUUAUACACCCA